CCACGUUUGGUACUAUCGCACCCGCUUCCUCAGUCCUCCCACGGAGAAGAAUCCUCCUUCGAAGCCCCAACGAGAGGCAAAGCUCCAAAGCGGAUUUAGGACUUGCAGUUCUUCUUCUUCCCCCACCCUGACGAUUUCACGCGUUGGUCUCUUGCUGGUUUCCCAUCUGGAAUUCGGUUUCUCCUGUGAUUAUGUUUGUUGUAACCUAGACUAGAAAAAAUCAGCUGCCGAUGGACAUGAGCGGUGAAGAGAGGAUCCCGAGUGAUUCAGACCCUCUCCUGGAGAGGAAGGAUGAGGAGGCAGACCCAUUGCCGCAGCUCUCACCGCCACAGCCAGCAACCGUGAGCACCCUGGAGAUUGAGGAUGAGGAGACCGAUGGUUCUUCUGCUGCAUGCUGCCGCAUUUGCCUCGAGGCCGAGUCUGAUAUAGGUGAUGACCUGAUAUCACCUUGCAUGUGCAAGGGAACUCAACAGUUUGUUCACCGUUCAUGCCUAGACCACUGGAGAUCUGUUAAGGAAGGAUUUGCGUUUUCACAUUGCACUACAUGCAAAGCUCAGUUUCAUCUCCGAGUGGAAACUUUGGAGGAUAACUCAUGGCGCAAAUUAAAAUUCCGGAUCUUUGUCGCUAGAGAUGUUAUACUUGGUUUUCUUGCUGUUCAACUUACUAUUGCUAUCAUCAGUGCUAUUGCGUACUUUCUAGACAGGGAUGGAAGUUUUCGGAACAGUUUCAGUGAUGGUUGGGAUCGCAUCUUGUCAAAGCAUCCAAUACCUUUCUAUUACUGCAUAGGUGUUGUAGUUUUCUUUGUGCUACUUGGAUUUUUCGGGUUGAUAGUGCACUGCUCAUCCUUCAACGACAACCAAGAUCCAUGUCUGGCUGGGUGCCGGAACUGCUGCUACGGUUGGGGCAUACUUGACUGCCUCCCUGCUUCUUUAGAGGCCUGCUUUGCCCUUGUGGUGGUUUUCAUCGUCGUUUUCGCUAUCCUUGGGAUCGCAUAUGGUUUUCUCGCGGCAACAAUGGCCGUCCAGAGGAUCUGGCAGAGGCAUUAUCACAUACUGACCAAAAGAGAACUCACAAAGGAAUACGUAGUGGAAGAUCUUCACGGCAGCUACACGGCGCCGAAGCUCGAGCCGGAGCACGAGGAGCGGCUGAAAAUGCUGAAGCUUCUGUAGCCACUCAUGGUAGUAACUUCAUUGCCCCCACCCAGACAGAAAGAAAACACGGUCAUCUCGACCUCUGUAAAUCCUGCCUGUAUUCCCGUGUGCCGAAAAGAUUUGUGUGUUGGGGGACGUAUACGCUGACACCCUCAAAAACUUACUACUGUCUGAUUAAAAUUCCUGUAAUGCCUUUUAACUUCUGAUCAUCUGAAUAAAAUAAAAGCUUUGCUGAUGA